AUGGAUGGACUGCCUGGCUUGCACCAAGUGGGAACAGCUACAGCACAGCGUUCAGGAGAACCACGUUCACCACCCUAUGCGGCACGUUCGAUGUGGCGAAUGCACCUUCCAGCCCAUUACAUCAAGCGCAGCGAUGAUAUCGAGGCUGUGUGGAACUACCUGCAGCAGCCUGACAAAAGAAUUGUGGCAUUGUCUGGUAUGGGGGGGAUAGGCAAGACGACCUUGGCCAGAGCUGUGUUCAAUGAAGCCAGCUGUUCUGUGGAAUUUGACCAAGUUGUAUGGAUCACAGUUGGUAAGAAACCAAACAGAGAGGAGCUGCUCAAGGAAAUCUGGAGGGAGGUCAAAGGAUCACAAGAUGUACCUCAUGGUCACAUUGACGAUUCCUACCAGAGAUUCUUGCAUACUCUCAAAACCAGGUGUACAUUGCUGGUGCUCGAUGAUGUCUGGGAUGCAGCCGAUGUUGAAAAGCUGCUGGUCACUGACAGCAACGAGCAGAGCAAAGUGCUCAUGACAACAAGGAAUGCAAGAGUUCCAAGGGAGCUUGGAACAAAUUCUGCAAUUUUCGAUGUACCGAUGCUUGACAGGAAGGCAUCAGAAGAGCUGUUCUGCAGAAGGAUGUUUGGUGUAGGGCAGGUGCCAGGCAACAAGCAGAGAUGGGCACAUCUGGUUCAUAACAUGGUGGCAUUGUGUGGACAGCUCCCAUUGGCCUUGAGCACUAUCAGUUCCAUGGCUGCUGGCUAUACUAGGGAAGAGGAGUGGCAAUCUGGACUGCGGAAAUUGAAGCAACCCAGCAAGCAGGUUGAUCAUUAUGCAGGGGUGUUGAAAGCAUUGCGAACCAGCUAUGAUGCCCUUGAUGAUGACCAGAAACUCAUGAUCACCUGCCUGGUGUGCUAUGCUGAUGGCUGCCAUGUGAAAGCGGCAGAUUUGGUGGAACAUUGGAUGGCCUUGAAAGAUGGGUUGACAGAUGGUUUUGAUGGGAAUGAAAUAUGCCAAGAUGGCUUUGCAGUUCUGGGUGAACUUCAGGACCGAUCCAUGAUCAACAUAGACCAGAGGCCGGGAGAGCAGUUGCGCUAUGCAGGUUGCCACAUGCACAGCUUGAUCAGGGACAUAGCUAUGGCAGCAGCAAACAAUGAGCGGCCUGCUCUCUCAGUUGAGGACAAAGACAAAGUUGCACUCUGUUGUACGUUGCCCAUCCCAACCCAGCCAAGGGACCUUGCAGCAAGUGCUCAUUCUCUCAUACUGAGAGAACACCAGAUGCAAAUGUUUUCCGCACUUGUGGUAAAGUUUUGGACAAACUUGAAGGUGUUGGACUUGUCUGGCCAUCAUUUGGAGAAAGUAUCGAAGACCGUUGGUGGGCUGACAACACUGGAGGUCCUGAGACUGGACCACUGCUCAGUGAAGGCUCUGCCAGAAGAAAUCGUCAAUCUACAGAGGCUUGCUGUCCUGUCCCUUCGCACCUGCAGGCUGCUCACACAUCUGCCACAGCGCCUUGGAAAGCUCACAAGGCUGCACUCGUUGUACUUGGAGGACUGCUCUGCUUUGAAAUCUGUUCCACAAUCUCUCGUCCAACUGGUGAAUCUGCGAAACCUCGAUGUGGCACGAUGCAAAUCGUUGCUCACCUUGCCAGAGGGUCUGUGGGACCUCUGCCGUGUGACGUAUCUGAAUUUGAGAGGGUGUUUAAAACUCACGAUGCAUGGCCUGUCCCACCCAGCCCAUCCUGUGCUGUUGGACAUGGUCAUGUCCAUGAGUGAGCUGCAGUGUUUGGACUUGAGUGGUCUGCCACGUCUCACAGAAAUUCCUGCAAGUAUUGGCAACUUAGGCAGCCUCACACGGCUGGAUUUGAGUGGAUGUUCGAAGCUAUCCAAUAUCCCAGAGGCGAUUGGCGGGGCAAGCAGGCUUGGCUCGUUGAGUUUGGCAGGGUGCAACUGUCUCAACUCUAUUCCAGAUGAAAUCGGCGAGCUGGUGCUUUUAGAAUACUUGGAUUUGAGCAAUUGUUAUGGUCUUGUCCACAUUCCAGCGAGCAUAGGAUGUCUGAGUGCACUUCAGAGGCUGGAAUUGAGUGACUGCCGUAGCCUCAUAAUGUUGCCAGAUUCCAUCAGGCUGUUGAGUGAACUAUUCACUUUGGAUCUGAGAGGCUGUUGCAAUCUGAGCAAAGUUCCAGAGGCCAUUGAGGCACUGCGGCAGCUCCGAUUCUUGAGCUUGAAUGGCUGUUCACGUGUGUCACACAUACCAAAGGCCAUCUGGUCACUGAAGCACCUCCAGCAUUUGGACUUGAGUGGAUGCUUCCAAGCACAUGCCCCAAACUGUGUCAGUGACUGUCCGAUUCCGGAUGCUAUUGGGAGCCUGGGAGAACUUCACACACUGAUUUUGAACAGCUGUUCAUCUCUUGUCCGAAUCCCUGCAUCUGUGGGACAGCUGAACCGGCUACAUACACUGCUGUUGAGUGGAUGCCGAAACCUCGAGAGCAUACCUGAGGAGGUCAGCCUACUGAGUAGGCUGAAGACGUUGGAUCUCAGUUGCUGUACCAGUUUAAGGGGCAUCCCGGAAGGCAUCAAGGCAUGCGUCCGUCUCCGAACAUUGAACUUGACCGGGUGUUCGGGUCUGGCAUCUCUGCCAGAUAUUUCCCUACUGGAGCAGCUCCGCGGCUUGUUUGUGGGCGAAUGCACUGGUCUUGGCCUUGGGAGUCUUCCUCGUUCCCUGGGGUCGUUGAGCCACCUUCACGUGCUCGAGCUGAGAGGCUGUCCCAAACUCCGAGACUUCGAAGGGGGUUCUGAGUGGAUCAAAUGCCUGCACCUGCUGGAGACCAGAGGGUGCUGCAUACUUCGCCAAGGCGAAGAGGCCAGCAGCACUUCAGAGGCCAGCAAUCUGCGUGGCUUCAGGAGCCUCGUUGACAUGCGCUCAACCGUGUUUGGCUCGAAGCGUGGCCCCUUCCUUGGUAUGGUUCUGUCCAUGUCGAAAUCAAGGUGCCGUCCAAGGAUGACCCUUGCCAAGAAACUUCAUUGUGACGAGAAGUGGCUGCAUAGCCCCAUCGGGCACAAAAGCCCACAGAACACGCCUCCCUCCACUGAUGCUGGAUGUUCCAAUUCUGCACAAGCAACAGAGCAAUAA